AAACACAACAGAACAAACUUCACUUUAAACUCAGCUCUGUCUUUUGGCUCCUGUCUGGACUCUGGGCCACCAUGGAGAAAUCCAUCCGCACAUUAUUACUGAUAUUAUCUCUGCUGUCCAUUCACACUCUGUGUGUGUACGGGGAGGGUUCUGCACUUUCGCCCAUCCAACUUGCUCCCGUCCCCUGUAAUGACAAAGCAGUGGAGAAGCUGUCUCGUCUGGCCAUCACUUACAUCAAUGAGGAUCGCACCGAAGGCUACAAAUUUGCACUCAACCGUAUUGCAAAUGUCCACCUGCAUGCUCAGGGCCCAGCAGGCAAUGUGUAUUACCUGGACCUGGAUGUCCUGGAGACCAAGUGUCACAUUGGCAGCUCAAAACCAUGGAAACGCUGUGACGUCAGACCAUUCAUGGAAACACAAAUCUCCGGCAACUGUAACACCACCAUCCUCCACACACCAGAUGGAUACUCCUACCUGUACAGCUACGAAUGUUAUCUUGUCCCAGAUCCCCCAGAGAAGCUCCAGCAGACCUGUCCAACCUGCCCUGUCCUGCUUCCCAUAGACAGCCCACAGGCAGCGACUGCUGCUCAGGUCACUCUGGCGUCCUACAAGAGACAGUCCGCACUGGGUGCACGGCUCGGGGUGAAGAGGAUCACCAGAGCUGCAGAGCAGGUUGUGCCAGUGAAAGCCAGCUUUGUGGAGUACACAGUCCAAGACUGUCCUGAGGGACUGACGGAGAGAGGCAGCUGCCAGCGACUGACAAUCGAGUCUGACACAGAGACUGCAGGUUUCUGUGUGGGAUCUGUGCAUGGAGACUUGAAUGUUCAUCCCGAUGUUCAGGUGUCCUGUGAGAUGUUCAAAGCACAGAACGUGGACAUCCUCAGACCAGUGCAGCCCCAAGGUCACGACCUCCCCAUAGACCCCGUGAUCCCAACCUUUCCUCCUCUCAUCGAUGACCCCGGAAAUGAUCCGCUGCCUGUUCCUUCUGACCCCACAGCACCCCCUGCUGUUCAACCAGUGCCAUUUGACCCCACGCCCAUUCUCCCUGCACCGUUUGACCCUACACCCUUUGACCCUUUGCCUUUUGACCCCCCUGUUGUUGUUAACCCCUCGAUUCCUCUCUCCUCAUCUUCCAGUGAGUCGGCUGAAGAUCUAAUAAACCAGCAGCAGUCACCACCAGGUGCCGGACCUUUUGCUUCAUCUUCUGAAGAGAUAGGAGGCCCCAUAGCGCUGAGACCACCCUUUGACUUCCACUACAAGAGGCCUGACCGCAAGAAACGGCAGGCCCUGAUGGAGACCUCACCCUCUCACAACCCCAUCUUCCUGUCUGAUUUCCCCAACGGGUCCUCUCCUUUCCGCUCCUGUCCUGGUCCUUCUCGAUACACCACAGUUUAACUGGUGCAGCCAGUGGGGACGUGGGCUGAUAAACAGCUCAGCUCACUGUCACUGGAGGCUUGUAAUAAUUUGUGCUAAUUAGAGGACUGCUGUCUCCUCUCAUUAGCCCCGAAAUCACCUCUCUGCUGCUUCUGUAAUACUGCUCCCAGAGUAACCAAAACUUGUAAAUGGUUUAAAAUACUUGAAUAAAUCUUGGUUUAAAGAA